GGCUUUUCACGGGCCACGUCACGUCACGGAGGGGGAAGAAACGGAUUCCUGAGCGCUGCUCGAGUUUCCUGCGAUCACAUCCUCAGACCUACAGCGGACCGAGACGUCGCGCUUUUCCUCCUCACAGACACCCAGGCGGCGUUUUUUUGCAAAAAAUGAUGUUUCGGUGUUUACCCGUGUUUUUCCUCCUGGCUGUAGUCUGCUGUCAUGCCGAGGAGGCUCAAAGCAAAUCAAAGGUGUGUGCUAAUGUGUUCUGUGGUGCUGGACGAGAGUGUGCCGUGAAUGAGAAAGGAGAACCCAGCUGUCUGUGCAUUGAGCAAUGCAAGACUCAUAAGCGCUCGGUGUGUGGCAGUAAUGGAAAGACAUACCGGAACCACUGCGAACUGCAUCGUGAUGCCUGUCUCACUGGACUGAAGAUCCAAGUGGCUCAUGAUGGACACUGCAAAGAGAAGAAGAAGGAGAAGGCUGCGGCCAGUCCAGUCGUGUGUUAUGUUGCUGAUCGUAACGAGCUGCGCAGACGUGUGAUCGAGUGGCUGCAGACGGAGGUUGUUCCUGAUGGCUGGUUCACCAAGGGCUCCAACUUCACUGAUAUCCUCCUCAAGUACUUUAAGAAUUAUGAUAAUGGAGACUCUCAGCUGGAUUCUGCAGAGCUGCUCAAGUUCAUCCAGCACAACGAGACAGCCGUUCAGAUGAGCUCCUAUGCCGAAGAGGAAAACAACCGCCUUCUCAGGAGUCUGUGUGUGGACGCUCUUAUUGAGCUCUCAGAUGAGAACGCAGACUGGAAACUGAGCUUUGACGAAUUCCUCAACUGCCUGAAACCAGGCUUCAGCCCUCCUGAGAAAAAGUGUGCUCUAGAAGAUGAGACAUAUGAGGAUGGUGCAGAGACGCAGGUGGAGUGCAAUCGCUGCGUCUGCGCUUGUGGAAACUGGGUCUGCACCGCCAUGACUUGUGAUGAGAAAACCCCGGUUUUUGACACUGAAGGGGAUCAGGAGAUGACUGAAGAGGAGUGGACCCGCCGUGUGGCUGAACUCAACAAACAUCAGGAAACUGUGGAGAAGAUGAAGACCAGCACAAAGGAAGUCUAAACCAGGACCGAGACGAGAGGAGGGACAAAAUGUGGAAGAUUUCCUCUCCUACUGAUCAGGAUUCCUGAGAUUAUGUACUGUUUUUGGAAGAAUCACAGCAUUUUGUUUGAAUAGGUUAUUACUUUUAAUGCUAUCAGUACUGCAUCUAUUAAUGUGUUAUGUAUUUUUUUGUUUUUCUUUAUAUUUUAUUAGCUUUUCAAUAUGGGUUCAAGUGCUGUAAAUUGUUUGAUUGUGUCACUCAAAACGUUGCCGAAGAGGCCUCAGCACUUUGUUACAGAGGCCAUCGUUUUACUAUUUUUUGAUUUUUUGUAUUACUCUUUAUACCAUUUAUUUGUUUGUCUAUCUGCAGUUAUAUGUGGAAAUAUGUUUUUUUUUUUUUUUUUUUUUUGAGACAAUGGCAAUAGAAGAUGAAUAGGAAAAUGAAUAGGACAGGUUCGAGAGUGAUUCUGAGAGAGCCGAACACCACGGGUUCAUCCAUCACAAAAGCUUCAGGCAGACUGGUAAAUGCUAAUGCUAAUGCAUCUACACACUAGCGAAAGCUAAAAAUGUGACUUGAACGAAGCUCAGCCAUGGUGGCUCUCUAUUUCACUCUCGUCAUGAAGGCAGUCAUAGUCUUGAGACCUUUCGUAAAGGUGCUAAUGUUAGUAUUCAUCUGUUUGCUGCUUUGCUCUCUUGCUCUAGAUGGUGGAAAAUGCUCACUAGAAGCUAAAAAGAGUGGAUCCAACCCUGUUUUCUUCUGGUAUUAACACAUGCUUUCAGUAUUCCAGUGGUCAGAUUAGAUGCAUCACCACAGUAUUAAAAUCUGCAUGAGCUGGAAGUUGCUGAGACUUUUACAGAGUACAUACAGGAAUCAGAGAGCGAAAUUCAAUACCUCUCAAGACCUUUUUAAGACCUUUUAACCACUUAUCAACCUGAAACACUGGCAAAACUUUAACUUACAGUAUAUUUACCAAAUAUUAAUGUAAAAAACUAAUCCAAAACUAAGACAUCAUUCAUAUACUUAAAAAAAUCCAUUAAAUCUAGCUAAUUCAGCAGGUUGGCACAGAACUGCAGAAAUAAUGGUGUUGCUGCAAUAAACAAAGCAGCAUGAUGUCAAAUCUAGCAAGAUUUUAUUGAUUUCAUAAACUACACAGCAUCCUGAUUAAAUGUAAUACCUUGCAAUAUAGCAUUUAAGACUUUUUAAUACUUUUUAAGGGCCUUUAAUUUCUUUACAUUGAUUUGUCAUCUUUUAAUACUUUUUUAGGACCCCGCAGACUUUUAUUUCAGUAUGUUGAUGUACUUCCAACUGUAUGAAACUGUAUGAAACUUGCGCUUUAUCCCCUCACAGCAAAUUAAUGGUUAGGGAGGCGUGGUUAGGAAUAUUACUUUGUUUCUAUAUAAGUCAUCAAAGUGAUGUCAACAGAAGGACCGCCAUUCCAAAUUUAGAAGGAAAUUGUUAGAUUUGACUAAAGAUUACCAAAAUUAACCUUUUUUCAGUGAAUUAAUUUGCACAGAUGAAUUUUUCACCUGAAGAAUAACAACAUGAGCUAGCAAAAUAAACUAUUGAGUAAAUUUUGAUUUCAUGUGGCCUAAAAUAUUCAUUCAAAUACAUGUCUUUUGGCCAAUUGUGUUGUGUUGCCAAUUCCAUCACAUCACUUUUAGUAUGAGCAAGCAGGAAAGCAAAUAUAUGAAAAAACUAUGGAUGGCAACAACAUUUUCAAACAUAAUCUGUGUUUUAAUACAACACAGCUAUUUAUGAGUUAACAUCUUGUUAUACUGCAAUUCAGUUUUUUUGCAGAAGGUGGUCUUUUGAGGCUACUUGAAAUGCAUUGAACUAGCCACAAAAUUAGUUUACACUACAAAAACAAUCUCAUUGAAUGCAUUUUCGCCAACCUCUAGAUCUAUGCAAAAGUGCAUUCAAACUUGCAUUUAGUUUCAUAAACUUUUGAUAAGUUUGACGAAAAUGGAUCUUAAAGGGUUAGUUCACCCAAAAAGGAAAAUUCUGUUAUUAAUUACUGACCUUCUCGUCGUUCCAAUCCUCUGAGACCUUCGUUCAUCUUGGGAACACAAAUUAAGAUAUUUUAGACAUUCAAAGUCCAGAAAAGAAAACAAAAACAUUGUCAAAAAAUGUCAUGUGACUUCAGUAGUUUAACUGUAAUCAUACGAAGCUCCAGGGUUCUGAGCUCAGGUAGACACCCUAAUACGUUAUUCGUCUUAUCAGGAUAGAGAGAGAUAGGGUCCGAGCACAGUAUCUAGCCCUGCUCCACAACCAACUCCCUCCCUAUAGGGUGGAGGGAUAUCAAAUUCAAGAGAAAACGAAGGUAUGGCAUGUUUGACUAUUUAUAAGGGUUUAGUCUUGAGCUGAUUGGAUAAUAGAAUGAUUGUCUGUGAUGAAUUAGCCUCGUCAAAGACUGAUAGUGCUCCUCCAAAUUUGUUUAUAAAUCAUCACUAAAUGUGUGCCCUAAUUUUACCUAGAAGAACAAAAAUGCACUUUUUGUGCGCAAAAAUGUUCUUGGAGCUUCAUAUUAUUAGUUAAGUCACAUGGAUUGUUUUAACUAUAUCCUUUUAGUUCCUUUUCUGGACUUUAAACAUCCUGGAAUUCUUGCUGUCUAUAGAGGAUGAGAAAACUCUCAGACUUCUUCUAAAAUAUAUUAUUUGUGCUUCGAAGAUGACCAAAUGUCUUCGGGGUUUAGAACGACAUGAGUGUUGAGUAUUUUCAACAGAAUCUCCAUUUUUGGCUGAACAAACCCUUUCAUACCAGGUGAAAACAGGAUAUCUGUGAAAAAAA